CCUUUAUAAUUCAGUACCUCAGUGAUCAAAAUGGCGUUACUGUGGUCGGUGGUGUCGGUCGGUUUCUCGCUGCUAUUGACGCCGUUUUUGAUGUUUCUACUGGCGGUGCUAUUUUUGGCAUCGAUUGGAAAGUCACUAGGUGUCAGGAGACUUUACGUUAAAUUGUUACUGGCAAUUUUCGAGUUUGGAAGACAAAAUAUUGAGAAAGUCAGAAAAAGCAAUAGAAAUUGGGAACCUGAUGAAAGUGAGGAUGAAAGCGGAACCUCAGAAGAUACUGGCAACGACACAACGUCUGCUAAUCUUCCCAGAAAUUACAAAAAAUACAAUGCGGCGGAGAAGAAAAAGAAUGGAGUACUUGGAAAUUCGGUGAUUGCCAGAUCGAAAGACCUGAUUAUGGUUCCAGAACCAGAAAUGAAUAACAAAAAUCACAUCAAUCACGUCAAUCACAGUCAUUCUUAUCGAAAUACGCUGGAAGUAAAUGGUAACAAAGAGAGUAGUUUACCUAGAGAAGACUCAUUCGAGAUGUUGAAACGAGAAUUUGACACAUCGACCUGUUUGGAUUAUAUCAAGGCCGGGGUCGAGGCCAUUAUUGAAGAUGAAGUAACUUCCAGGUUCGAGGCCGAAGAACUUAAGGUGAAUUGGAAUCUCUUAACAAGAACCAAUAGACACUACGAGUUCAUAUCUUGGAAGUUGACAGUCAUAUGGAUGUUUGGCUUCCUGAUGCGAUACUGCUUCCUUCUCCCUUUAAGGAUACUCAUCUGUUUCAUUGGGGCAGUGUGGCUGGUAGCUACGACAUUUCUUGUUGGCUUUAUGCCAGACGGAGCAAUAAAACGUUGGCUAAGUGAACACGCUUCCUUGAUAGCGUUCAGAAUUUUUGUACGUUCUGUAUCCGGCGUUAUAACCGUACACAAUCCAGAGUAUAUGCCGCAAGGAGGAGGAGUAUGCGUUGCAAAUCACACGUCAACAAUAGAUGUUGGAAUAUUGUCUGCUCAGACUACAUUUUCGUUGGUGAUGUGGCUGACGGCGUGUACAGCAGUUGUGGGAUAUGUGCCAGAAGGUAGAUUCAAAAGAUGGCUGAACCAUAGAGUAUCGAUAAUGUGCUUCAGCGUACUAUCCAGUGCGCUUUCCUCAGUUAUCCACUACCACAACACUGAGAACCGGCCACUGAGGGGUAUUUGUGUCGCCAAUCACACAUCACCUAUUGACGUGCUUGUUCUCAUGCGCGAUAACUCUUAUUCCUUGAUAGGUCAACGACACGGCGGGUUUUUAGGGAUUCUUCAACGUGCCCUUGCUCGAGCUUCGCCUCAUAUUUGGUUUGAAAGAUCAGAAGUUAAGGACAGAGAAGCUGUCACAAAAAGGUUAAAGAAGCAUGUCUCAGAUCCUACGAAUCCACCGAUAUUGAUAUUUCCCGAAGGAACCUGUAUUAAUAACACUUCUGUAAUGCAGUUCAAAAAAGGCAGCUUUGAAGUAGGAGGUGUAAUAUACCCUGUUGCCAUAAAGUACGAUCCAAAGUUUGGUGAUGCUUUUUGGAACAGUAGCAAAUAUUCAAUGAUCCAGUAUUUAUACAUGAUGAUGAGUAGCUGGGCGAUAGUCUGUGAUGUUUGGUACUUGCCACCCAUGUACAGACAAGAUGGAGAGAGUGCAAUUGACUUUGCUAACAGAGUCAAGGCUGUAAUCGCCAGGCAGGGCGGACUUGUCGAUCUCCAGUGGGACGGUCAGCUGAAAAGAAUAAAGCCAAAGAAAGCAUGGAGGGAAAAGCAGCAAGAAGAAUUUAGUAAACGAAUAAAAUUUGAAUAAGUAUUUAAAGAAGAAAAAAACGAAAAAAAAAUCUUUAAUUCUAGCACAAAAUGAGCGAGAUUGGGCCAUCCGAUCUUAGGAUAUAAUAUUGAUUGGAAAUUGGAAACGUUUUCAAAAAUGCAGAAAAUUUCAUUUGUGCAAAAUCUGUCUAUUUUCACGCAGCUUUUGCUGUGAAAUGGAAAAAAUAAGAAUCCUUUCUUAUUCAAGUCAUUUGACUCGGUGCACUCACAUUUCUUUGUUCCAUCAAUAUCAUCUGAUGUACGACCAGCAAAUUCUAACUUUCAUGUCUUAUUUUCUCAGAUGUAGAAUUUCGUCAAUAUAAUUGAAUGUAUAGGGAAACAUGUAUUACAUUGUGCACAUAUUUAUACUGCAACACAAGGCUCUGACAAUUUUUCGUCAUCACUAACUAACAAGAUUUUGUCAACUGAAAUAACUAUUUGUGAAUACUGUCUCGAUUUUCGUUUCUUUAGGAAACAAACGCGAAUUGAGUGUCAUUAUUUCUUCGUUGUCAAUAAUCAAUACAUUUGUUGGAAACUAACUCGCUACAAGCACAAAACAGUGGUGUGAAAUAUUGUUUUAGUGGGGACAGAAAAAAUAAGUAGGAAAAGAACAUUGUCAUCACACACUAACUACCACUAAAAAAAAGGCAGUUGUCUUAAACAAAUUUUCUAUAAAUAUGUCAAUAUUUCAUCAAUUUUAGUUCUUGGUAUAAUUAUAUUAAGAAUACUUGCGAGGCAACAAAGGGGAUUUGCGGGCGAAUGGUUAGUGUAAUUUAUGUACAAUAGAACAUUAAUAAAUUAAUGUUUUAUUAGAUGUACGUACUGUAGGUUGUGUGAAAAUUUAUAUAAUAUGCGUGUGCGUGUGCGUGUUGUGUAGGAAAAAUUCCGAAUAGUGGGUUUUAUUCUUUUUUCUUUUGUCAUACUACUAGAAAAUUGACAUCUAUACAAAAGAAAAAAAGAAAGUUAUGUUAAAAUCCUCAAACCCGUAACACAAUGGAAAAAAAAUAAUCGGUUUAUAAUUGGGAAAUAACAAUUAUUCUUCAAUUACGGGGUAAAUGGAAAACCGGAAAAAAUUGAAUCACUGUUGAUCAAAAAAUAAUUCUCAUUUUCCAUUCCUGUUCCAAUGUUUGGUUAUUUUUUUAAAAUUUUGUAAUGGGCAUAAUAGGUACCUUAAGUAAGCACUAAAAAAUUACCUAAUAUUUUCAAAACUAGAUUGGAUUUAUAGUGUUCAAAAAAAAAAAAACUAAGUUAAAAUUUGAAAUUAUUUAUUAAAUUAUCAACGAAGUACGAUGGCAGCCGGUUGUGAAGA